AUGCACAAACUGGUGGAUGAUUACAGGGAAAAGAUUGAAGAUGAAAGGAACAAGAGGACUGAUGCAGAGAAUUGUUUGGUCUACCUCAAAAAGGAUGUGGACGAAGGACGCAUCUCUCUGUCACAUCUUGGAACGUUGUUGUCCUCGAUGGGGGAUGAAAUAGCAUUCCUCAAAGCUGUUUAUGAUCAGGAGCUGGAUGAGCUGAUGGGGAGCACACAGGAAACCUGUGUGGUGGUGGAGAUGGAUAAUUCCAGAGACCUGGACAUGGAUCACAUCAUUUCUAGUGUCAGGGCUCACUAUGAGGAAAUCGCUGCUCGCAGCAAGGAGGAAACUGAGACCUGUUACAGGACGCAGUUUGACCAGAUGGCUGCUCAGGCGAGCCAGUAUGACAGUCAACUGCAUAACACUCAGGAUGAAGUUGCUCACCUGAAAGGACUCAUCGCCCACCUCCAGAAUGAGAUUUCUGCUGUAAAAAAGCAGGCAGCCAACCUUAAAGAUGGCAUCAACAAGAUGGAAGCAGAUGGGGAAAAAGCCUCGUUGUAUGCCAAAUACCACAUCCGGGACCUGGAGGAAGCUCUAAAAAGGGCCAAACUGGAAAUGGCCAAACAGAUCAAAGAUUACCAGACCCUCGUGGGCAUUAAGAUGACCCUCGACAUAGAGAUAUCCACUUAUAAGAAAAUGCUGGAGGCAGAGGAGUGCAGAAUGACUCUGAACUAUAAUCCAGUGCAAACCCACCAAGCAGCACCUUCCAGAGAGAAUCUGCCGGGGACGUCAGGCCCAGUUCUCAUCAAGAUGACUCAGAGCAUGACUUACAAAUAAAGCAGGAAGCAGGCUGCAGACCUGCUGCAGCAACAGCCGUCAGAGUCGGCCUUUAUAAUGAUUUC